UUGUUACCGGCGUGACACGCGAUUCGCAAGACACCGAGAUAGCAGAGGAUGAGGCGAGGGCUGAGCUUUGCAUUGCAUUGCUGGUGCUGCAGCUCCUUCUGUUGCGUGGAGCUGCUGUUGGUGGUGGUGGGUUAGGAGGCUUGACGCAGGUGUAUGAUUAAUCUCGACUCGAUUUUAAUCUCGAAUCUAAUCGACUAGGCUCGACGCGGGCGGGCGUGAGUGAUCCAAGAACUUGAUGGAUCGGUCGGGGCGGAGGGGAUUUUGUUAGGUUGCGAGAGAAAUUCUCAGAUUACAAGGAGGGGGGAGGUUUUGUUCCAAGCUGUUGGUGGCGGAUUGCGCUGCGCGAAUGACCGAUUUGAAGUGUGAGGGAGGCCGGAAGAGGCAAGAUCUGGGAACGAGUGCACGAUGGACGAUGAAGGCAGAGUGAGAUGACGAGGCAAGAAGAGGUGAUUCGAUCUUGAGGACGAGCAGCAGCAUCCGUACGUCGUUGUGGUGGUUGUGGUGAUGGUAAGGGCAAGCAAGCGAAGGCGAAAGUUUGCUAGCACAGGGGGCGGGGACAAGAGAGGUUGUGGAGCAGAUCUAUGGGCUUGCCGUGCAAUUGUGCAUUCUGAGCUUUGAGAGUUGACUCUCGAAGUGUGGCACAAGUGCCAUACUUCUGGUUGAGGAGAUGCAACAAAAGCUGUUGUUACUUUUUGAAAUAGCCCUUGUCGAAUAAAGGCGAGAGAUCGUGGGACUUCCUCACUCAUGUCUCUGGGAGGCGUGGUCUGAGAAAUUCUAACGUUUGACUUGCCGAUUAGGUUGGACGGGGACGCCCAUCAGGGUGCAAAUUGAGCUUUAGAGAAAGCAGGAGGUUGCACUACUCUAGAGAUUGGAGCAUCAAAGAAUAUUCUAAGCAUCUUGGCUAGCGAGUAGCUUGUGGUUCACAAACUUACCAGUAGGGGUUCGUAUGCAGCUCGAGUAGAUGUCCUUCUGAAGCUUUGUGUCAUCAUCGUGACUGCUACUCAACAAUUUGCACUGGUUCAUGUGAAAUGCAUGACUCGUUUACGAUCUUUAUGCCAUGCGGUACUGGCCUCAUGUCAGAAAGUGGAGUCCGAGGAAGACGUACAAGAACUGCAAAGAAGGGUGAGACUGCUGUUUAGCAUCGUGAAGCUCUCACUUGACCUGUCGAAGGCUUGUACAAACUUCCAAUUUGAGAAAGCGGUACUCAAAGACAUUGUAGAGCUAGCCGCCGCAACGCCUGUACUGUUUGAGCGUACGUAUGAUUGUGGCAGCAUAGAGCAUGAUUAUCUUGUGGACACUAAUGUGGGAUGCUCACUCUCUACACUUAUAGAUGAGUUGAUUCAACUUUUGAGCUUCGUGCUCCCGGAUUAUAAACUUUUUUCUGAAUCUGAUAACAUACCUCGCUACUUCCUUGUUGGACUUGCUAAGCGGGGCGAAAGGAAGAUACGAGGAGCUCUUGGCAAGGCAGCCUUUCCUUUUGGUUUGCAUGCCGUAAGUGAUCAGUUGCCUACUUGAAUUGUUGCAAGAUGUUCACUAUCACUCUUCACAAUUGAUGUCCAAAGUCAAAGAUCAUGGAUCUUUGAGAGAGAAGAGCGAGAGUUGGCGAUUAAGCUCAACAUCCGUCCGCUCUUGUAAGUUUCGUAACCAAACUUUUAGCUUGAAUGAAGUACAAAGCAAGGAUUCUCAUUUGCAAGUCUUAUUCUCCGAAGACGGUCUCUGGCUUGAUAACCUGGUAGCAGCUACUGCUCUUCUCCAUGCAUAAGGACUUAAGGAGGGUUUAGCUGUGGAGACGGCAUCAUCAGUUCACAGCAAAGAAGAAUCUGCAGUUGGCUCCGUAGACUCUGUAACUGUGGCCAGCAAGGAUGAUGCCAUGUUUGGUGAUCUUUGCUCAGAAUUGGGCAGCCAUUCCAUGAUAUCUGAAGGAAACGCUCAAACUAGCUCGUCUGCGAAGAAGUUAGAUGAUC